AUGGAGUUGUGUGCCGAUAGUCUUAAAGAUAUACUCCAAGUAUUACCCAAAGAAUUCCACCGAACCUCUGGUGAACCGAUGGGUGCCGUUGAGUAUCACAUAUCGUGCAGAAUAUUCCGAGAGAUCUUAGAAAGUGUUCAGUAUUUGCAUGAAAUUAAUCCACAAAUCAUUCAUAGAGACCUCAAACCCGACAAUAUAUUGAUGGCCAGAGUUGUUAAAGAUGAUCGUGUUGUCAAGAUAAGUGAUUUCGGUUUGGCGUCACUGCAUACCGGUGCUGGUAAUAAUCAUAUACAGGGAGUUGGCACAAUUAGAUAUAUGGCACCCGAAGUAAAAUUAAAUAGCAAUUAUUCCACCAAAGCAGAUAUUUAUAGUAUCGGGGGAUAAUGAUCUUGAUAAAUAUUCCAAUUCGGACUUUUAUGCG